AAAAUUUUCACAGGCGAUAAUUUCAGAGGAAUUUGCCCACCAGCGAAACUCCUGCUUCGAUCCCUCAGUUCAAAUGCGAAUAUAUCUGCUGCAGCUGAAAUUGAACUAGAGUUUCUUCUCCCAAGUUCUAUUGAUUUGGCUUUGUAUCAAACGCUCGGAAUUCGAAAGUGGAAGCUCACUAUAGAGUAGUAAUUUUGGUUCGGGAAGAGAGCUAAGUGAGUUCUUGAUUCUGGGUAUUGGGCUCGCGUGAAAUGUGCGUACCCAUAGUUCAAAUCUCAAAGGUGUGAAGAAGGCGUGACUUGCAGGAAACAGCGAGACUUCGAGGGGAGAAAGAGUAGUAACAAAUGGGGGAUUACUAUGACAUUGAUGACAUUCUUGCCGAGGAAGAUUUCGUGCCAGUUCAGUUCCACAAGGCGGUGAAUGGGGUGAAAAUUGACGAAAGUUCGGAAAGAGGCUUUGUUGAACAAGAUUCAAAGGCAGAGCUGCCGUUUUGGCUAGCGCGGGGUUUACACUUGCAACAAGCCAUAUCAAUCAAAGUUCCUGCUUGUUUCAAUAGAAAUACGAGGCUAGAAAUCGAGGCUGAUGCUGGAUCCGUUGAUUUAAGAUCUCGCUGUUCGUACUUCUACGAAUUUGGGUGUAAAGUAGCACCAUUUUGCGACAAGAGCAUUGGACUAUUGGUGUCAUACACGUUCAAAGCCCGGUACAAGGAGGUUCUGUACAAGGCACACACAAAAGCAUUUGCAGCAGCAUCCAAAAUCAUGAACUUCCUAACCAAAGAAGAAACCAAUUUGUAUGAAGCAGCUCAAUCCUCCAUGGCAGCCUUUAGGAAAUGGAGAAUGGGAGGUCCUAGAUUGCAGAGAGCUUCAAUUCUAGGAAGGAAAAGAAAACCAGCUGAGUAGAAAGAAAGAUUGUGCAGAACUCCGAUUUUGUGUAACGCUGCUGUAGCAUGCCACAGGCCUGACAGUGUCGAAGCAGGCAGGUGAUCUCCAAUGUCCAUACAUAGCUACUGGAUGUUUGAUAGGACCAUAACAGUAGUUCUACAUCAAUUUAUGAUCCUGGUUAGUGUUUAUUUGUACUACAUUCAAUCAGAACUCAUGAAUAAAUGUCCAGAGUUUCUAUUUCGCCUAGUCUCCUCUACGGCUCUACAGCAUGAUUAUUAGUCUCUAUUACUGGGGGCGAAUAGCAGCUAGCUGUGCCUGUGCUAGACUAUUCGGGCUCGGG